CUGGCGAAAUUUAUCGUCCAUGGCAACAAUUGCAUCGCAUCUCGAAGAUUCUAUAGAUCCAUAUCCACCAAGAUGAUGCAACCACAGAUAAUCGUGUUGAAGGAAGGGACGGAGGCUUCCCAGGGAAGAUCACAAGUGGUAAGCAACAUCAAUGCUUGCCAGGUUGUAGCUGAUGCCGUCCGUACCACCCUGGGCCCAAGGGGUAUGGACAAGCUCAUCGUUGAGGGAAACGGCCGGGUAACAAUAUCCAAUGAUGGAGCCACAAUAGUCAAACUGCUUGACAUCGUUCAUCCAGCUGCCAAGACCUUAGUAGAAAUCUCCAAGUCACAAGAUGCAGAGGUCGGUGAUGGAACUACCACAGUGACCCUGCUAGCAGCUGAAUUCCUGAAGCAGGUGAAGACCUUUGUAGAAGACGAUGUCCACCCUCAGGUGAUCAUCAGGGCCUACAGGAAGGCCACUCAACUAGCUAUGGACAAGAUCAAGGAGAUAGCAGUCAGAGUACCCAAGGAAGAUGUAGAAGAGCACAGGAGUCUCCUCAGGAAGUGCGCUGCCACAACCCUUAGUUCCAAACUGGUCGCUAGCCAGAAAGAUUUCUUUGCUAACAUGGUGGUGGAAGCGGUCAGCUGUCUGGAUGACCUACUGCCCAUGGACAUGAUCGGUAUCAAGAAGAUCCAGGGUGGAUCACUAGAGGAUUCCAUACUGGUAGCAGGUGUAGCCUUCAAGAAGACGUUCUCCUAUGCAGGGUUUGAGAUGCAACGCAAGAAGUAUGCCUUACCCAAGAUUGCCCUCCUCAACGUCGAGUUGGAGCUCAAGUCAGAGAAGGAGAAUGCUGAAAUCAGGGUAGAGAGUGUUGACGAUUACCAAGCAAUUGUAGAUGCUGAAUGGACCAUCUUGUACAACAAACUUGAGAAGAUCCAUCUGAGUGGCGCUAAGGUAGUCCUCUCCAAGCUUCCCAUUGGUGAUGUAGCCACUCAGUACUUUGCUGAUAGGGACAUGUUCUGUGCUGGUCGAGUGGUAGAUAAUGAUCUCAAGCGUACCAUGCAGGCCUGUGGAGGCGCCAUCCAAACAUCUGUACAAAGCCUGACGGAUGAUGUCCUAGGAACGUGCGAGCAGUUCGAGGAGAAUCAAGUUGGUGGGGAAAGGUUUAACUUCUUCACAGGCUGCCCCAAGGCCAAGACAUGUACUCUGAUCCUCCGUGGUGGAGCUGAGCAGUUCAUUGAAGAGACGGAGCGUUCCCUUCAUGAUGCCAUCAUGAUCGUUAGGAGAGCUAUCAAGAAUGAUUCAGUAGUUGCAGGUGGAGGUGCCAUCGAGAUGGAGCUUAGCAAGUACUUGAGGGAUCAUUCCCGAACCAUCGCCGGCAAGCAGCAGAUUCUCAUUGGUGCAUACGCUAAAGCAUUGGAGAUCAUUCCUAGACAGCUCUGUGAUAAUGCAGGCUUCGAUGCUACCAAUGUACUUAACAAGCUCCGUCAGAAGCACGCACAAGCAGGUGGUACGUGGUACGGAGUGGACAUCUACAACGAGGAUGUAGCCGACAACUUUGAGGCCUGCGUGUGGGAGCCCUCUAUAGUCAAGAUCAAUGCAUUGACGGCGGCUUCGGAGGCUGCCUGUCUUAUUCUCUCCGUAGACGAGACCAUCAAGAACCCUAAGUCAUCCGCACCCUCGGACGACAGACCAUACAAACCUAUGGGUAGAGGCAGAGGUCGACCACGCUAGUGUAUGGUAGACCUUAGAAAAUUGUUCAGUUUUUUUGUUGUCAGUAAAUAUAGCGAUCGAUGUUGAGUUUUUCACAAGCAAGCAAUUUUUGAUGUACGGCAUUGUUUAUGUACAAGCAUGAUUGGUGUUUGUCAUGUAACUUAAAUGGAGGAAAUGGUCCAAAGUAGAACAUCUUAUGAUAAUAAUAUUAAUGAAUACUCAGGGAGGGGAGCAUGUGCACUAUGAGUCCAAUGACUGGGUUAAUAAUAAUUCUAAAGUAAAGCACUAACAAACGUGACAUUAUGUGCUAUACAAUUGUGACUAUUAUUGUUGUUGAAGUUUCUUAUAAAGCACUUUACUAGUUCACUAACCAAUGCGCUUACAGUAUUAUUAUUACCCAUUCAAUGGAUUUAAUUACAAUUCUGUACUAAACAGUGCACACACUCUCCACUCCAUCAGGGAGCAUUCCAGCCAUUCACCUUCAUACAUGGGCAUUUAGUUCCUUUAGUUAAUUGAAUAUCCACUUUUCACAUGAUGCAUUUUGAGAUGCAAUUUCAUAGCCUCUCUUACUUCCACUGUUUUAAUGGUUGCAUAAAUCAGUUGGUUUAACAACAGUAAAAAUACCAUUAGGUUUGAUUCCGAAAGAGCUUGAUGAUGAAGAACUUUGCUGUUAAUGCACUCUUACAAUGUUAUGUCUAAUCCUGAAGUAGUUUGGAAUGCAACUACAAAGAUAUAGAAAUCUCUGAUAAAUUUGUAUCUAAAUGCAUAGAUCUAAUCAUUACACAAUUCAUUUUGUGUAAGUUAUGUGAGUCUGCUGUGUCACACACUGCUCAAAGGGUGCUAAAUGUUCGAAAAAUAGUGAAUCAAUGGGUAACCCUCAGAAUCCAGUAGAAUUAAUCCAUUUCACCCAAUUUGAAUAUCAAAUAAUAUUGAGAGGAAGAACAGAGGGUAUUUGAGCAAAAUAUGAUAUAAAUGGGUUAAUGUUCAAUAUAUGUAUGUUUGCAGAAAGUACAAGUGUCACAUGUAUUUUGUUUUAAGUGGUCCCUUUUCUACACAUGGUGUUCUUUCAUAAAAACCAUGGGGGAGAUCCCUUUUCUCAUUUGUUACUGUAGCAACAAAUUUCUCUGUUUGUGGUUAAACAAACAUGAAUGUGGGAAAGCUGUAUAUCAAGUUUGACCAACUUGCGUUGCUUCAAAACCUCAUAAAGGUCUGUCUUCGUGAGGCCUCUAAUCCACAUGGGACUAUGUAAAGAUGACACGCCUGAAAUAUGAUACCGUCUUUCCGAGAAGCCUACUCAAUGGAAAAGUUUCAGGAUUGUCGGGGCAGGGUAGUCAGCCCAUAGACUUGGGCCUCCCGAAAAGAUUGAAAUAUGGUUUCCUGACUAUCGAGAAACGCACCUGAGCCAAGAACUUGAUAUUGUUUACUUCAUCUCUUUGUGAAUCGUCUCAGAUUCAUCCUGACCAGAUAUUGUCUCAACUGUCAGCGUUGAUUUGCGUGAGUGGGACGGGGGAAGUGACAACCAUUCCGAAUCAUUGGGAGUCAACUCCCGAGGGUGAAUGUAUGAGAGCUCGGCGUUUCAUUCCGAUAAAAGAGCGACAACAUUCAGUGAAGCAAUAAACAUGUUUGUUUUGCAAUGAAGUUCAACAUUCAUAUUAAUGCUGAAUCGUUUCCUACAAGUUAUAUUAAAACAUAGUUGAAGCUUUCCAUGUUUAAGAUUCAAUUCAAAUUGUUUACUUAAUGUUUUUGCUGAACAUAAAUCUUGAUGGAACCUUACAAGUUGAAAUUACAAGAGGUACUGCAGCAAGUGUUAAUGUGACAAAUCAGUUGCUAUUACAUGUACCUUAAAAAGGUAAUGGUGUGAUUGCUAAAAAGCAAUUGAUAAUUAUAACCUGAAAGGUUGCACUUUUACAUUGAAAUUUUACCACAUUUUAUAUUUUCAAGUAAUAGAAGGGAAAAAUUGUUAAUGUAAGGAUGACACAGCAAAAUACUGACACCCCUCUCGCCCACUUUGGUCUUUUGGGAGCUCUUCUUGUUUGUUUAGCUGGGAAUGGAACUCUGGUACAGGGAGAUAUGCUGUUAAUACUUGAUUAGUGUAAGAUUAACAUCACUUGCCCUUUCAAUAAAUUGAUCUUUAUCUAAACCACGUUAUCGCAGCAAUGUUUGAGAGACUCAUCAUGCACUACUGAGAAGCUACGCCUUCUUGAGCCAGCCACUCAUCUCAAGAUCUGUUUAUAACAUAGGAGAUAGAGGAUGAAGAGAAACAUAUCUGUCAUCCUGCUUUGUUCUGCAAACCUCAUGCAAUGUCCUCAAAAGUGCUGAUUAAGUGAAAAUCUAGGUGGGUGUCACUGGAUGUAUCCUUGCUAAGACUUCUUCCCUCCAUUAAUCACUUCAUGGCUGCAUGUGGUUUGCGUUUGGCAAGAAGUGCACUUGACGGGGCCGAUUAAGGCAGUUUUGACAUGUGCCUCUUUCUGUUACUCCUGAUUAGGCUGAGCCGCCUCGAGCUGGCGAUGAAUUGGCACAUUAGGCGUUGUGACUAUCCUGUUGUCAGUGGAGGCCCAUUAGUCGUGGCACUUGCAGGAAAUUGAAUCAAAGUGCAACCGCCCAGUUGGAUACUCGCGAAAAUUAAACAGGCUGAGAAUUAGCCCCACCGACCAUGCCUCUGAUCUUCACCAGCCUGCCUCACUCCCUAGCUCUCUGGCUUGUAGGUUGGUUGUGCAGUCAGCUGCAAGGAGAUGGGGGAAAGAACACGAUCCUUGCUGGCACAGAGGGCUGAAUUUGAUUUAGGAGUGGCGCACAGGGCUUGUGAAGACCUAGAACCCUUUAACAGGGAGUAUUAGACCUGGAGGAAUAAUGAUCAAUUUGGAAAAGUCUGCACAGUCAUGCUGUCUGGGUUUAUGACCAUAGCUUUUCUCCCCUAAUAUUUAUGUUCUUUUGUUUGUUAUGUCAUAUAAGAAAAUGACUUCACAGUUAUGUCCUGUGUUUUGUUUAUUUAUUUGAAGGUGUUAAGUCGGGCAGGAGAAGAGGGACUUCUCAAAGAAACCCAGUUUAAUGUGACCUUCUUUCAAGGUCAUUUGCCGGAAUGGACCAGACAAAAAUAGUCUCAAAUGCAGACUUUCCUGAUUUCAAAUUGUAUGAAAUAAAACUUCUCUGAAUUCAUAAAAUGUUUCCACAUUCAGCUUAAGAUUAAAGAGUGAAACCUGGAAAUGUUCUGUAUGGAGAAUCCCUUUGGCUCCUGGCCCACCGUUUGUUCAUGGAUGAGAUAACUCGUUUUUAAAGAGGAAUAUGUCCAGAGAUAUCUACCAUAUAUCCGGCUUCUCACCCUGGAUAGUCUUUUUGGUCAUUGAAGUAAGAGAGUUCCCAGUAUAAGCGUUUAUUGACUUGAGAGGGAAGACAAAAGUAAAUAUGCAUGUAAUUAAAAUAAUUUAUGUAACUUUAAAGAAUCAUUGUUGCUUGUUCUAAGAAGAAGAAAACAAAAAUGUGCAAAUUUUUCUUUUAUAUUUCGUUUUUGUACUAUUUACAUAAGAAUACCCAAGUGUAAGAAUUGCAGUGACUGUGUGUACAGUUGUGUGGUUGUGUAUGUGUCCAAUGCAUUUAAUCAAAUAAAUGUGGCUACUACAUUGUGUGUAAUGCCAUAUAAGAAUAA